AUGGAAUCUAUAUACAAGGCAUGGGUUCGACAGAGGAGUGAAAGGCUAGCACAAGAACAUUUGGAUGAACUCUGUAGGGAGCUGCAAACCGCUUUAGGUACUGCCAAAUGGCAGUUGGAAGAGUUUGAGACGGCUGUCAGGUUGAGCUAUAGACAAUGUGGUGAUGAUCAUAAAGCAGCUAGACAUGGACAAUUUGUUGCUGCUAUUGAAAACCAAAUUUCUCGUGUUGAAACAGCACUAAGGGAAUCGUUUAGUAUGGAAGGAAAGAAACCCCUUCAAUGGGUACACAUGGAUGAAGACGAACACGAUGAUUUUGGUGCAUUUCUCUCUGGGACAUCCCAAAGUAAGCAAACAGCCAAAAAUGAAUGUGUAGAACUCAGGCAUGGGGUGAAAAGCUCCGAGGAAAGUGACACUACAAGAAAAGACAGGAACCUUAAAUAUAGUGCUGCCUGCAAUGGAGACAUUUCUGAUGAAAUAAAGGGUGUUAAAGAUGUUAUUACUAUUUCCAAGGAUCCAAAUUUUUCAUGGAAUUGA